UAAUAUUUUUAUCACCUUUAUUUAAUGUGUGUUACAGAUACAGCGUUAAUUACUAUUUGUUUACUCGUAACAUUUUUAUUUGAUCGUAUUUAUCACCAUUAUUAUUUUUUUUUUUUUUGUGCGUUUGCAGUAAAACUCAAACGUCUUAGCUCAGAGAAAGUAGCGUGUUUGUUGAUUUUUUUUUUUAUUUGUGUGGUUCUGAUCCCGUACCUGUCAGACCGCGCUGAGGGCAGCACAACCGGCGCGCUGUCAACAUUGCGGAAGGAGUUCUCUCCUUCACAACAACACUUCUGGAGUCAGGAAAAGUUUCUUUCAGGAGGAACACCGUCGACUGGCAGCUCAGAAGUCACCCGCCUACGGAGGAGCGCUCUCCCCAGAAAUGGCUCAGACUAACAUCUCAGUGACAGAGGGCCAGUUCAGGUGUCCCAUCUGCCUGGACAUCCUCAGAGACCCGGUGUCCAUCCCUUGCGGACACACCUACUGCAUGGUGUGCAUCCGCAACUACUGGGACCAGGCAGACUCGGGCCAGUUCAGUUGCCCACAGUGCCGGGACAUCUUCAGCCCUCGACCGGUGCUCCGGAGAAACACGGUGCUUGCCGAGGUCGUCGACAAGCUGAUAUUGAGCGAGACGGUCCACGAGCCGGAGCUGUACCUGGGCGAAGCCGGCGAGGUGCCGUGUGACUUCUGUCCGACAGAGAGCAAGCUGAGGGCGGGCAAGUCGUGCCUGGUCUGCCUGGCGUCCUUCUGUGACCUCCACGUCCUGCCGCACCGCGAGGUCGGACCUCUGCGGCGGCACAAGCUGGUGGACGCGGUGGAGCGGCUGGCGGAGAAGCUGUGCGCCCAGCACCGCCUCGGUCUGGAGCCCGUGGGGAGCGGCUCCGAGGCGGAGGCCGAGUGGAGCGGCGACUGCCUCCUGUGCCAGGCUGACCGGGAGGAGGAGGAGCGCAGGGCGGACACGCUGAAAGCCAGGAGACAGCUCCAGCUCCAGGAAUCCCAGAGGACGGUUCAGGGAAGGAUACGGACCGGAGAGAGGGACCUGGAAGAGCUCCAGCAGAGCUUGGAGUCCCAGAAGGUUUUGUCCUCCGCCGUUCUAGAGGAGAGUGAUGCUCUGUUCGCUGAGAUCGCUCACCGCCUGGAGAAAACUAAAGCUGAGGUGGGAGCGUUGCUGGAGGCGAAGGGCCGAGCGGCGGUCGGCAGACUGGAGCGAGACAUCGCGCUUCUGGAGACGGAUUUGGAGGAGCUGAGGAGGAGAGACGAGGAGAUCGCCCAGCUGCUGCGAACCGAAGACAACGUCCGGCUGACACAGGCGGCCGCGCUGCUCUGCAUCCCCGUUGCCGCCGAUCGGCCCCCCGGGACCUUCAGCCUGGCCCCGGAGGCCUUCAGCGACGCCAGGAGAGCGCUGAGCCACCUCCGCAGCUGCAUCGAGGACGUCUGCAGGGAGGAGGUCGACAGGAUUGGCCGUGUGGGUAAUGAGAACUGCGUCCCCGCUAGAGAGCUUGUAAACGGUGGCCAGAGUUACCGACUGGGGAACUCCAAACCUCAGCGAUCUCAAUCCGUGGGGCAACAAAACAGCAGGGCCGUUCCAGUUUCGUUUCCUCUGUCCAUAUUGUGCCUGCAACCACCUGAUCAGAGGAUGAGGGCGGCUUUACUCAGAUUUUCAUGUCGUCUCUCUUUGGACGCCAUCACGGCCCACCCCACUCUGGUUCUCCUGGAGGAGCCCCAGGGCGCCCAUUGUGGCGAGAACACCCAGCCCUAUCCGCCUCACCCACAUCGCUUUGAUUCAGUGACUCAGGUCCUGUGCAGAGAGGGCCAGUUUGGCGCCACCAGCUACUGGGAGGUGGAGUGGCGGGGAAGAGGAUGGGUCGACAUUGGCGUCACGUCGCUAUCAAUCGGACGCAAAGGCGGCGGAAGGCCCUGCCUGCUCGGCCGUAACGAGAACUCCUGGCGGCUGCGGUGCACGCAUACAAGCUACUCGGCGUGGCACGACAACCGCAAGACCACGGUGGCCGCCCCGUCCUGCUCGCGGAUCGGGGUUCUGCUGGAGCGACAGAAAGGGACCUUGUCUUUCUACAGCAUUUCGGACACGGUGGUGCUCCUCCACACCUUUCAGUGCCAGUUCCCCCAACCGCUGUACCCGGCUUUCCGCUUGGACCUGGACUCCACCCUGCUCAUCUGCCCACACCCGGGAGCUAAUGCUAAUGCUAGCAUGAUCUAAAGGUCAUUAUGUAGCAGUGACGAUCUGCCACUCAAAAACCGGAAGGAAAUGUGGCCAAACUAAAUUAUUUUUAAAUGCCUGUUUCUGAUUUUAACAUUUAAAAUCAGAAGCCUGCUCGGAAGAAUCUUCUUAAAUAUAUUUAAAAUAUAUUUUAAAAAUAUAUUUAAAAAUAUAUAUUUUAUACACAUAUUUAACAUAUUAUUUUAUAUUU